AUGGGUCAGACCCUCUCGGAGCCCGUCGUCGAAAAGACUUCCGAAAAAGGCGAGGAUGACCGACUCCUCUUCGGUGUCUCGGCCAUGCAAGGCUGGCGCAUUAGCAUGGAAGAUGCCCACACGGCUGAGCUGAACCUCCCCGCACCCGAUAACGACACCAAGACGCACCCCGACAGGUUGGCCUUUUUCGGCGUCUAUGAUGGACACGGAGGAGACAAAGUCGCAUUGUUCGCAGGCGAAAAUAUCCACAACAUUGUAUUCAAACAAGAUUCUUUCAAGGCCGGCAACUAUGCUCAGGGUCUCAAAGACGGCUUCCUCGCCACGGAUCGGGCCAUUCUCAACGACCCCAAGUACGAAGAAGAAGUUUCUGGCUGCACCGCUUGUGUUUCUUUGAUUGCCGGAAACAAGAUUUAUGUCGCAAACGCCGGUGACUCUCGAAGUGUGCUGGGCAUCAAGGGUCGAGCAAAGCCCCUAUCCAACGACCACAAGCCUCAGCUUGAAACGGAGAAGAACCGAAUCACAGCAGCUGGCGGCUUUGUCGACUUUGGCCGUGUCAACGGUAACCUAGCACUGUCGCGUGCCAUUGGCGAUUUCGAAUUCAAGAAGAGCGCCGAGCUCUCCCCCGAGAACCAAAUCGUUACUGCUUUCCCCGAUGUCGAGGAGCACGAUCUUACAGAGGAGGAUGAAUUCUUGGUGAUUGCUUGUGAUGGUAUUUGGGAUUGCCAGUCUUCCCAGGCUGUCGUUGAAUUUGUGCGACGAGGCAUUGCUGCCAGACAAGACCUUGACAAGAUUUGCGAGAAUAUGAUGGACAACUGCCUGGCAUCAAACUCAGAAACCGGCGGUGUUGGCUGCGACAACAUGACCAUGAUCAUCAUUGGCUUCUUGCACGGCAAGACCAAGGAGCAGUGGUACGAUGAGAUCGCUAAGCGAGUGGCUGAUGGAGAUGGCCCUUGUGCCCCCCCGGAAUAUGCCGAGUUCCGCGGCCCAGGAGUCCACCACAACUACGAGGACAGCGACAGCGGCUAUGACCUUGACCAGGAGAGCGGCGGCAAGUUUAGCCUUGCCGGAAACCGUGGUCGCAUUAUCUUCCUCGGCGACGGCACAGAGGUCUUGACCGGAGCUGACGAUACCGAGAUGUUUGACAACGCUGACGAGGACAAGGAUCUUCCCAGCCAGAUUUCAAAGAACCCUAAAGAAUCCGAGGCUAAGGAAGAUUCAGCGUCCAAGCCAGCACCCGAGUCAGCAUCUGCACCGGUGGAGACGAAACAAGACGAUAAGGCAUCCGAGGAGAAGAAGGAUUAG